AUGAAUUGUUACAUCGUGCGUAUGCUCCCCAAUCAUGAUUUUUUCAUCCCAUUUGAAGAGCCACUAACAGUAGCAGAGGUUAAGGACGAAAUGUUCAACCAACUCUCAGCUCCAACCAAAAAUAUGGUUCUUAUUUAUAAUGGACAAAUUCUAAGUGAUCACAUUAGUCUUUCGGAUCUCGGCAUCACCCAUGCAUCUGUUUUGUUCUUAUUUGUCAAGAAUUUUGACUCUUUCCUUCUUCAUGAUCCCAAGAGAUUGUUGUUAGAGAUCAGUUCAUUGGCAUCAUAUUUUGCCAGUAUGCAGCCAGAUGUUAUGAAAAAGGCAACCAAAGAGAUCAGAAGUUACAUUGAUUCUCCGAUGUUAAAAGCUUUAGCCAAAGUCUCUCCAGAAGUUUCGCACUUCUUAUCCAAGGUCUUGGAAAACAUUGAAAGGUUACAUAACCCAUUUGACGAGUCAAUGCUUGAUCUUCUUAACAGAAUGCAAGAUAAUUCUUUCAAUAUCAUGGAAUCUGUUAACGGAGAGAUCAGAACAUGCUCCAAUAACUCAUCCAACACUAUUGAACUUAUUCUCGUCGACAGUUCAAUUGAUGAAAUCGAAAUUGAAGAACAAAAGCAAGAUUUCACUUAUGAACCGACAAAUCUUGAUUAUGUCUCAUGUAUCAACUCCAAUCCACUUCCAACAAUUGAUUUUUAUGAUGAUUCAAAUUCUGAUCCACAAGAAUUUAGUUAUGGGUACUAA